AGAGAGAGAGAGGGAGAGUUAAAAACCCUAGAACCCCGUUUCCGCUCUCUCGUUUCGUUAUCUGUUUUCUCUCUCCUCUCUCUCUCUCUCUCUGUUCUCCUCCUCCUCCAAUCGACAACCGCGGAAUUUCUAGCUCCGAAUUCAAAUGUCUUCAAUAUCUCUCUCUAUCUUCGAUUCGCGCCAUUUUCAUUUUCUAUUUCAGGCAAUGUAUAGUUAACAAUUCUGAAGUCUUAUAUGUUGUUUGCUUUGUUACUUGAAACUGAUACCUUGUCACAUCAAAUUGUGCUCAUCACUUGAACCUACUAGUGCACUGGGUGGGGAUUGAAGAAGCCGAGAAGAGAAGACCCUGAUGGGUGGGGAUUAAAGAAAGCUGAGAAGAGAAGGUGAUGUUUUUCAUGUCCAUGGGAUUGAGAAAUCUAUUACUUCGGGCAGUGUUGGUGAAGGGCAUGUACCUGCUUUGUAGUCAUGAUUUUUUGAUGACGAAAAAGCUUCCUGUAUCUUUACCACUUUUCGCUUUUUGAAUUUGGCGGUGCAAUUGGGAUUUUGUAUUAGUGUAAUUUGUAUUUUAAUCCACUCGGAGGCUAUUGCUAAAUGUCAGAAAGCGACAUGGCGAUCAUCAAACCAGAGGUUAUGAAAUCUUAUAUCUGGCUUCAAACGGCUGAUGGGUCUAUCCAGCAAGUUGAAGAAGAGGUUGCUAUGUUUUGUCCAAUGAUAUGUCGGGACAUACUUCAAACAGGCAUGGGGUCCUCUAAGAACUUUGCGAUUCCUCUCCCACAACGAGUUAAUCCAGCAAUCUUAAGUUUGAUACUUGACUAUUGCCGGUUUCAUCAAGUACCUGGUCGCUCUAACAAGGAACGGAAAUCUUUUGACGAGAAGUUCAUUCGCAUAGAUACAAAACGGUUAUGCGAAUUGACCUCUGCAGCUGACAGCCUCCAACUAAAGCCUCUGGUUGAUCUCACUAGUCGUGCACUUGCUCGAAUGAUAGAAGGGAAAACUCCUGAGGAGAUACGUGAGACAUUUCAUUUACCCGAUGAUCUCACAGAGGAGGAGAAAUUGGAACCUUUGAGAAACACAGCAGAUGAUCCCCGGAUCCGGCUAUUGAAUCGACUCUAUGCGAGGAAGAGGAAGGAAUUAAAAGAAAAAGAGAAACUGAAGAAUAUUGAAGUUGAAGAGGAGCGAGUGGACGAUCGCUCAGUUGACGACCUUCUAUCUUUUAUUAAUGGGGAUGGAGGUUCAAAGGGGGCUAGAGCUGCUAAGCAUAAAAAAAAGAAUCGAAGAAGAAAAGAUCAACCAAAAGAUCCUUCUUCAAACAAUGAAAACCAUAAGAAGGAGUCAGGUUCUCUAGAAGUUGGCAGUACUUUUGUUCCUGGUUCUUGUAGGACAUCAAAACUACAAGAGUCUUCUGAUGAUGCUUUUGCACCCAAGGCUGACUUUGAGGAUGUCGAUAUUGAUGAUGAGCUAGACCCUGCGAUGAAGGAAGAACUCGACAGGGCUGGAUCAGAGAUGAAUCAACCUACGGUUAUCAGAGCCUUGGGACAGCAGUUUUCAGCUUUGGCUGCUGCGACUGCAACAAGAGAGAUAAUGGCACCGUCGGCACAGAUCCGUAUGGGACAUUGUAUGUUCGACAAAAAAAGAGAAGAAAAAAAUGUAGGUGUUUAUGCAAGUCAUUGGAGCCCAAAUGUGCCAAUUCCGCCAUGCUUUGGCCCCCUUCCACCAGCCUCCUCCCAUUUUCCCAAGGGCUGUAUUUUUCUUUUCCUUGUGCAACUAGAGUUAUUUAGGGUGCAUUGCAUUUGGUUGCACAAAAUUUCAUGAUGUUUCAUGAUAUUAAUGUGUAAUUUUGGUCUCCUGCUCGCUGGAUGAGCUGGUAGAGAGUAUAGCAUGUGUAAGUGAGAUAUCCGGGGUUCAAUUCCUGGUAGUGUUGCCUUUCCCAAAAAAGAAAAAAGAAAAAAAGAGUCUAAUUUUGUGCAAGAUAUCAUGCAAUUUUGUGAUAUUUGGUGCAACCAAACGCACCCAUGACCUUUUUCUUCCCUUUGCAGCUGUGACGAAUCAUUUUUGUUGUAUAUCAACUAUUAUGAUGGAAUGGGUUACCCGAUUAUGAAAGAGAAUAACUUAUCUUUCCUUA